AGGAGGAGGUGGACGACGAAGAAGAAGAAGAAGAAGAGGAGGAGGAGGAGGAGGAGGCGGAGGCGGAGGCGGCGGGCUCGGCGUCGGAAGAUCCAUGUUUUAUGUCUUUUGAGGAACGACUGCAGCUGCAGAGUGGUACGGGAACAAGAGUGAGCAAGCAGGUGGCCGGUGCGAAGAAAACUGCCAAACCCGCAGUGAAGCAGCAACGAAGCAAAAAGGGGCCAGUGGAGAUGUCUGCCAAGAAACCCGUGCCUUUUCUGCGACAAGUCGUCUCUGUCACAAAGAAGAUCCACAGAGACCCUCGAUUUGAUGACCUGUCUGGAGAGUAUAACCCUGAAGUAUUUAUGAAGACCUACAGCUUCCUGGACGCCAUCAAGAAGCAGGAGAAGGAGAUGAUUCAGAAGCAGCUGAAAAAAUGCCGGGACGUGGAGCAGAAAGAGAAGCUGCAGCAGCUCCUGAACCGCAUGACACAGCAAGAACAGGCACAGAAAAAACAGCAAAAACGGAGGGAGAGGGAGCUGUCUUUGAAGAGACAACAACGGGAAUUGGCCAAGCAGGGGAAGAAACCCUUCUUCCUGAAGAAAUCUGAGAAGCGGAAAUUGGAGCUGGCAGAGAAGUACGCAGAGCUGAAGAGGAGCGGAAAGCUGGAGAGCUUCCUGAACAAGAAAAGGAAGAGGAACGCCAUCAAAGACAAGCGUCGUCUGCCCUCGCAGAAGAACUUGUGACGGCUGGACAGGCGUGCUGCUGCCUGGAGAGGUGGGGCUGCUGCUGGGAUUCCCUCUGCGCUGGCCAGGCCUGGGAGAUGGCCCCCCAUCUUCCUGCCAUCACUGUACAGUGAUGUUUUUAGGCUCCAGACCUUGCACCUGCCCAUCUCUUCGUCUAGCUAGGAGGGCACAAGCUGUGCCCUGCAAUCACUGGCUCUUCUCCAGGUCUCACAGGCACCAGCUGAGGUGGGAGGGCUCUGGUCCCAGCGCUGCAUUCAGAACAGGUUGCUCGGGGCUUGCUUCGUGUGGGGCUGGAGAUGUCCGAGGAUGGAUGCCACCACCCCUCUGGGCCCCUGCUCCACUGCUUCCAGGUCUCAAGGGGAUUUCUUUUUUUUUUUUCUUCCAGGAACGCUGCCUGGUUUUAGCCUGUGAUCAUUGUUCUCAGUGACGUGCCCGGCUCUGUCUUGUUAAAAACCUUGUUACAGGUCUGGGCACGAGCAGGAGGGCUUGCUUGUAGGCCUUUCCUUCUGAGACUCAGUAAGCCAGCUUCCCUCAGCCUCCCAGCACGGUUCUCCAGCCCCUGCCAGGUUUCCCAUCCUGAUUUGCAGUGAGCCCGGAGGGCCGACACCUUGCUGCUGGGGGCCCGACCUGGGUGCGGUAUCCAGAUGCAGUCUGGCCAGCGCUGAGAAGAGGCGAGAGAAUUGUGUCGGUGUCUGUUGAAGCAGCCGUGGUGUGGCAGGCCUCCCUCGCGGCCCGGCACACGGCUGGCUGGUGGGGCACAGCUGCCUGGUAUCUCCAGCGGGGCUGCCCUCUCCUCAGCGUGUUCUCUCAAGGGCCGGUGGUGCUUCCAGGUCACGCUGGUUCCGCACAAAAUAAAUACUUCGCUUUUCCUCUGU